AUGUUUCAUUUUCUUGGUCUCCAUUGGGAUGAUAUUGUGUAUUUAAUACUGCUUUUUGGCUCAAUCGGAUUUGGUUCGUUUUUCAGAAGCAUUAAAAACCCUAAAGACAGGCAAAACAUUAGUUCGUUAAUAGGAUUCAUAAUAGUGAUUAUAGUAUCUGGAAGACAUACAGUUUAUCCAUUAAUAUGUACUUUAAUUAAUGCCCUGAUUAUAAAAUGUUUGGAUAGAAAAAUUGUUCAUAAAGUGAGUUUUGUUUUUUCGUUCACGUUUUUGAUUCUGUUCCGUUCUGUUGAGUAUUUUGGUCUUCCGGCUUACCCCAAUCCCACUAAUCUGGUGAUGAUGAUAAUGACAUUGAAGAUGGUGGGUCUAGCCUUUGAAGUAAAUGAUGUCUAUAAACACCAAAAUAAUCUUAAGGACAACAAAUCUCAAGAAACAAGACUUAUUGAAAUACCUUCAUUUAUUGAUAUUUUUCACUAUGGUUAUUCAUAUUUAGGAGUUCUAGCAGGUCCUUAUUAUACAUAUCGAACAUACUGUGAUUUGUUUACUGCUCCAUUUUGGAAGUAUGCCAAUUGUGAAUCUGUUGCUUUAGAAAGAUUUAAGUACCUGCCACUCUAUGGGGUUAUAUUUCUUGUACUUAGCUACUAUUAUCCUUUUAGCGAAGUUGAAGAUAUUGAGUAUUUUAAUGAAAGAAGUCUAUGGUACAGAUUAUGGUUUAGUUUCCCAUCAUUUGCUCAAUUUCGGAUGAGGAUGUAUAUUGGUAUGAGAUUGGCUGAAAUUGUCAUAAUUAUGGGUGGCUUGGGUGCGUACCCUGAAUUUUGUAAACCAGCUACUCUAGGUCCGACUACCAAUUUGAGGCAAUUAACAGAAUUGAGUAAUGAUGAGGAGAAAGCUAGUAAAGAAAAGUACAACUUUGUGGCAAUAUAUAGCAUAGAACCAUAUCACACAGAAUUUGAAACUACCGUGAGGGCUUCUAUGAAGUAUUGGAAUAUGUCCGUUCAGUGUUGGCUCACCAGUUAUAUUUAUCUUAGGUCCUCUAAAGCAUACAGGACUUUAUUCACUUUUGUUGUUUCUGCUGUAUGGCAUGGUACUUCACCUGGAUAUUUCUUUUCAUUUGUUUCUGUAGCACUAUUUCUUCCAAUCGAAGAUAUUUAUAGAAGAAAAAGUAAACAAAUGGAAGUUCCCUCUUUUGUAAGUUAUGGAAUGUUUAACAUGUUCGCAAUUCAAUAGAAAUU